UGUUCAUUAUCCACUGAAAGUUUACUUCGUAAACAUAUCACAAACACGAUAAAAACUUUCAGUAAAGUCGGAAAAUUUUACAGAGUUUAAGAAACUUCACUUCGAAAAAAACAACACAAACUGAAAAUGUUUGUAUACGGAGCAAUUUUAUUCAUUACACUUGGCGUUGUAAGAGCCGAUCUACCAAAAUGCGUUGCAGGAAAGUAUCAGAUUAUUCCGAAAUUGGACUGCACCGGAUAUUACCUAUGCGUUUUCGGAAAACCCGUGGAAAUGCCAGACUGUCCCCCUGGUUCAGCGUUCAGCACGUCUGCGCACGUGUGCGUUCCUAAAGAUAGCAUAUACGACGACUGUAAACUAGAUGUUAUGCCAACAGUUCCAGACCUCGGUCCAUUGACUAUCGCAGAGCAGUGUCAUGUAAAGGGCGGAUUAAUUCCUCACCCCGACGAGUGCCAAGCAUAUUAUAACUGCAGUCACUGGUACGAGUCCGUGCCAAGACACUUUGAACAACACUUGCAAGAGUGCCCCUACCCUCAGCUCUUCAGUUCAGAGACCGGAAAAUGUGAACAUUUCGAAGACGUAAAAUGCGGAGAACGAAAGGUCUUUAAAAACGGAUGCAAUUACAGAAGAAAUCAAUGCCCAGUCGCCCACUGUGUCCCGUGCAGUGUAAGAUUACCAAGCUGCGAAGGAAAGCCCGACGGAAUCCAUGCCCAUGAAGUCAAACUGUGGAGCCCAUACUUUGUCGACUGCUACAAAGAACGCACUAUUUCGGAAAGAAUAUGCAAAGCAGACGAACAUGGACGAACGCAGAUUUUCAACCCGGAACUAAACGAAUGCGUUUCAAUGGACCAAAUUCCACGUGCUCACGGCGGUAUGAUGCCAGACUGCACCAAUUUAGCUGACGGGUUCUACCUCGAUGAGUUUGGUCGCUGUGACCGGUACACUGUCUGCAGAGGGGGCAAGUUUUCAAAUUUUGUGAAAUGUCAGCCUGGCGAGACUUUUGAUGCUUUCCAUGAUGUGUGCAUGCCCGAAAAGAAGACAUGUGGCCCGUGUGGAAACAGAUCCGAUUGCUAAAGUGAGAACGACGAAGACAUUUUGAGGGAUAACGUGGCGUCACUCAACAACGUCAUGUUAUUACAGUUUAUGGAAAAAGGCGUUGAAUGUUUCGUGCUGAAAAGCAAUGUAAUAGCAGAUGAAAUGUUUCUUUAGACACAUGACUUUGUAUUAUAUCUGUGAUAUUUUCAUUAUUUAUUAGUUUAUUCUGUCGUUCUUUUCAUUUUGGGUAAUUUUGUUGUUUGUAUUAACACAUCGGUCACUUUAUUGUGUAAGUUUUCAAUCAUAUCUAUGUUUGAAGUAUUUCUGUUAAUAAAACGAUCAGGGAUCAACCUUCAUACAUUUUCGAGCAACGCCUUUCAAUGGUUCUUAAACAUUGUUUUUAAAGAAGAAAUGUAUGUCUAACGUCUACUUAUAGAAACGAAAUCACGAAUCAUGUUAUAGGCAAUUAAUCCAUAAUGAGUUCUUAAAACUCCGGCAUAUUUCGACAUUUUCGGUGUCUUAUAUAAAUAAUAAGCGUCAAUGGAAUCGGGACUAAUAAAAAAUCUAGUGGCUCAAACGCUUUCCAAAUAAAUAUGAGAUACGGAAAAUGACGGAGUUGUCCGAAUUUGAACGAGUAUGCAAUGGAGGUACUACCUUAAUAAGUUUAUUUACAUGUCUAAUACAUUAUGAUACAUUAAAUUUUAUUUGCAACAAUUACAUGCAUGAAAAUACAAAUGUAAUUAUGUGAACUAAUAAUUAUGUUCUUUUUUGCUUUAAAAUUGUGAAUAUUAGAAAUUAAAUUGUGUACAUAAUUUCAAACAAAGCGAAACAUGCAUUCUUGUUCAAAAACAUUCUGUUGUUAGAAAUAACAUUCGAAAAGUUGUUCUAUAGACACAAUCUCCUGUUUGUUUAAUGUAAACAAUAUAUGUAUACAAGAAAAUUGGAUUAAUUUGAAACAUAAAAUGCAUUUUGCGAGUUUGUUUUUUAAAUUUUAAUAAUGAAAUGCGUAAAAAUGGCGUAGAAAAAAGUAUAAAUAUGAUGUGUAAAUUGCAUUUUGUCAUUUUAACUGAAGAACUUAUUAUCUAUUUGUUUAGUAUAAAAAAUGAAGUUAGGCCCCGAUCUGAUUUGCGAAAAAAAAAAAUUUUCUUGUUAAAUAACCACUGUUCAAUGUAUUGACAUUUUAAUGUAAAAAUACAGAUCGUGAAAUAGAUUUCAAAAAUAAGUACCCCAUGAUUUUUUAAAGAAACAUUUAGUUUUUCAAGAUACUUUAAGAACUACAAGUAUUGUUACUUUGACACUUCUUUUCAGAAUAAUAGUCAGUUAGUUAUGUUAAGUCACUGUCGGCAUAUAUUUUGCUAGUUUUAUAUUUAUGAUAUUUACGCAAAUGCAAAUUAUGUAGAAAGUUGACAAAAUAAUGUCUUUGAUUUAUGAAAUCCAACUGAUCUUGCAAUAAAUUCUAUGUACACACA